AUGGCGCUAGCAGAGGGCAUCGACCUUCUCGAUCAGGCUCUGGAUGAGCCCACGUGGAAAGACCUCGAUGAAGUCACGGCUCUUAUAAGCAAGCAGCUGGACGUAAAAAAUGGCGCAGCAGCAGCGGCAGCAGCAGGUGGAUCGCGCAACAGCGUGGCGGACUAUUGGGCUGCGGAGACCGUUAAGCUUCUAGAGGAUCUUAAGAGCGUCAGUGUGGAGGCACUCGCAACCACCGACCCUGCGGACCGCAAUGCGUGGAAGAUGUGCGAGGAGGGUCCGGAGCACCGCGCGAUGCUGCGCAAGGGGCCGGAAGGCACGGCGAUAAACGCGCUGUGCAUGGAGGGGCGCAUCGACAGCCCCGUGCACGCCGCCGUCGCCAUGACGCGCGACGCGGGGUUCUUCAAGGAGUGGUGGCCGCAGGGCGACAUGCCCGUCUACCGCAUCGUGGAAAACCGGUACCUCGCGCGCGUCGGCGACGGCUUCGAUAUUACAUACAUGAAGUUCAAGGUGCCGUGGCCGUUUCCAUGGCAGGAAUUCGCGAUGAUUUUCUUUACCAUUUACGACGCGGACACGGGCGUCGCUACCACGGUCGUCCGCACGCUUCCAGAGGACAACAGCGAAAUCGACUCAUCCAUUCACGGCUUUUCCCGUGACAUGGCGCCGCCAGUCCCCUCGGGAAUGGUCCGCAUGGCGAUCAACGGCGGAUUCUCCAUCAAAGAUCUGGGCCGUUCGCGCUGCCACUUCCGGUCGAUCUUUACAUGCGAUCUGAAGCUCCCGGCCAUGGUGGUCAACUUCGUUACCAAGGAGUUCGGAGGGGUGCUGUUCAAUCUGUUCCGAAAGGAGGUGGAGACGGAUUUGGCCGAUGAAGGGCAAAAGGGGGUGGAGUUUAGGAAGGUUCUGAAAGAGGAGAAGCUGUAUGGCCGGAUUGAAGCAGCUAUGGAUGCGUAUAGGGCAAAGGCGGCUGGAGGAUUCGGGAUGGGUGAGAAUGGGUUGGGAGAGACGGGGGUGGAGGGAGAGGAAGGGGAGGAGGUGGAGGAGGAGAAGAAGGUGCUGGUGGCUACUGCGUCGUUUGUGGAGGGAGGCGUUAGGGAGGCACGUAGACCUGCCAUGGCAUCAGCAGCUGCAGCAGCAGCUGCCGCUGCUGCGGACCCAGCAGGUGCACAAUCAGCAGCGGCAGUGGGUCGCGCAGAUGAUGAUGAAGAGGAGGUGUUUGAGGAUGCAGAGGAUCAGCUUCUCGUUACCCUGGAAGACUCAGAGACUCCUGCUUACCACCACCACCAGCACCAGCACCAGCAGCAGCAGCAGCACCCCCAUCCUCCUGUUCCUCCUGCGUACGCCCCCUUCUCAUCCCAAGACCCGGCCAUCGCUGCAGCCUUCGCAGCAGCAGCCGCGCUGGCAGGCGCAGGUGGGACUGGUGCAGGUGGGACUGGUGCAGGUGGUAACCCCGUGGUUGGCUCUGCUAGCUCCGGUGCUGCCGAUCCUGCCCUGACCCCGGACGUGCUCCAGGCUAUGGCAACUCUAGAGCAGGCGUUAGUGUCCCUGCGUGCCCGCACCUCUGCUGCACUAUCUGCUGCUGCUCACUCCGGCGGAACAGGAGGAGGGAUGUACGCAGGGCAGUACGGUCACGCCUAUCCUCCCCCUUCCCACCCUGCCUAUGGUGCUGUGCCUGGGUAUGGACCAGUGGUGGGGGGAAAGGGUGGCAGGCUUGUGGGUGCUCCUAUGGGGAAUCCUCAGCUGCUGCCGUAUUAUGCCGCCCCGUUCCCGCCCAAUGAGAUGCAGCGGUUUGCCGGGGGUUAUGGAAAAGGAGGGUAUGGGAAUGGGGUGUAUGGCCCUGGUGCUUAUGGCGAUGGUGGUUAUGGGGGGAAUGGUGAAGGUAGAUUGGUGGAUGAAAGGCAGCUUGAUCCGCGUAUAGUCACAUCCAUCUGGAUCAGCAAUACUGCUGAUCUUAUUUCCGAGCCUCCCGCUCGCCUCGAAACAUGGAAGGCGGAGGGGUGGGUGGCGGAGGCCGUGAGUGGCGCCCGCGGGGAGGCGGCGGCGGAGGCCGCGGACGGGGAGGCGGAAGACAAGGCGGCGGGGGGGCGUAUGCGGGAGACAGUUGGGGGGACGGCGCGGGGACAGGCAGAGGGGGAACAGGCGGAGGGGGAAGAGGCGGAAGGGGUGACGGGGACGCGUCAGGCUGGGGUGGCGGAGGGAGAGGAGGGCGGGGCGGAAGCGGCGGAAGGUAUGGGGGAGGGGAUCAGCGCGGCUGGCGGGGGGACGGCGGAGGCGGAAGGCAACAAGGACGGGGAGGCGGAGGUUUUGGCGGAAGAUGGGGCGGAGGGGGCGGACGAGGGGGGAGAAAUUAUCAGCAGCAAGGGGAGCAACAAGGGGAGAAUCAGGCGGGAGCAGUGCAGCAGGCUGAGCAGCAGCUUUCUCAGUUUCCCCUUUUCCCCCUUCUCCCUUUUCCCCAUUUCUCUCGUUCCCCCCUCUCCCCAUCCGCCUUUCCCGACACUCCCCCUGGCUAUCAACACUCUGUUUCUCUGCAUCCCAGUUGCGCGCACGCCCUCGCUCGUGGCCUUCCUCGAUUCGUAUCUCCGCUUCCGCUCGCGAUGGUUCGAUCUUCUCCUCUCUGCCGCUGCUGCGGCUGCUGAAACUGGUGGAUCUACGAGAACAGCGGGAGGAGACGGAGUGGACGGGGGAGGGAGAGGAGGGGAGGGGAGUGUGGGGACAGGGAGGGGAGUGGUGGUGGGGGAUGAGGAGCUGUGUCGGCUGGUGUUCCUGCUGCUGCUACGCAUGUCGUCUAAUAUCGAGUCCAGAGCCAAACCAUCAGAGCAGCUCCAAGCCAAGGACCAUGCACACCUACUUCUCUCCAUGCGUCUGUUCGAUGCCCCCAAGCUCUUGGAUGUGGCUGCUGUCUUUGGGAAGGCCAACCCAGUCGCAACACGGCAGCUGGUGUGCCGGGUGCUGGUCUCUCAGCCUCUCCUUCGGGCCGAUCUCUCGUCGUCUCUGCUGCAGCUGCUGCGGGUGGUUGAGGAGAUGGUGACACGGGCAUGUGGGCAGAUGGAAGAGCCAGCUUCUGCAUCAGAGAUCAUCCAAGCCCUUCACUACCUCUGUGACUUUGCCUUCUCUCUCGAUGCGCUCUUUGACGCAUACCCGCCUGCACCGCUGCUCCUCCUGCAAGCAACCACAACGGCAACAACGAAAACAGCACCUACAAGGAAAGGAAAACACGGCGCAACAGCAGCAGCAGCAAAUUCUCCUGUGCGGCUUCUCUCUGUGUUGGCUCGGAUUCACGACUCCUUUCUCCCUCUGCUCCUCCUCCUCGCCUCCUCCAACCCCUUGGUAUCAGCAAAGCGAACACUGAUACAAGCAGCACCAAGGGUGAAUUUUCAGGGGAAGAUUCUUCAGACGAAGCUGGAGGAAGUUUCUUGGAAGUAUCUCUGGGGCGUGUAUCUUGGAGGAAAGGGGUGUGCUCGUGCUGCUGCUGUUGCUGCUGGUGGUGGUGGUGCUGGUGCUGCUGGUGGUGGUACUGGUGGUGAUAAUACUGCUGGUGGUGGUAGGAAUAGCAGGAGCAAGGGUGGCAGGGGUCGAGGCGGCAACAGUGGUAGCAGCAGUGAUGGUUUGCCACCCUGUCCUGUGUGUGAUUCUGGAGUCAAGUCGGGCAGGGGAAAACAAUCUGCGUGCCCGUUGUGGGACGGGUUGCUUGGGCAGAAAAUGAAUUUCGGGCAGUUGCUGCUGGAAGAGAUUCUUGCGGUGCAUGGAGUGAGCUCGGGCAGCUCGGGCAGCAAAGUUGUGGAUGGUGUGGCGUGGAUCCCACUGCUACGGGCAGUUGAUGCUUCUUUUGGUCUUCGGUCAGCAAUCUAUGAAGAGAAAAUGAAAGGCAAUCUUCCCCUCGACAACACGCAGUUUGAUACAAUCUCCGACAUAAUCGGCCCUCCAAUCACCGUGCCACCACCCCUCACUUCCUCCUCCUCUGACCCAUCUACUACCAGCAACAUCACUCCAGCCAACCACCCCCCUACAGCAGAAGACUUCCCUUCCCUCACUCCCUCCCUCAUUCCCUCACUCUCGUCUGCCGCUGAUGCUGAGUCAGCAGCCCUGGAGCAAUCCAAAAUCUCGCUCGUGCGGGAUAUUUUCCCGGAUUUCGGGGAGGGUUUUGUGGGGGCGUGUUUGGAGGCGUAUGGGGGGGAUGCAGAAGCGGUGAUUCAGCAUGUGCUGGAGGGGAGUUUACACCCGGACUUAGCUAAGUUCGUCCGAAGCAAGAGGGAAGAUGAGUCAGUGGAAGAGGAGGUUUGGAAGCGAGGUUCGGCAGCAGGUACGGGGAGCAGGAGGGAGCAGGAGGCAGUGAAGCGGUUUGUGUUUGAGUCCCAGUUUGAGUACGACGAUGAGUAUGACGACUCUUUUGAUGAGCUGGAAGGGUAUGACAUGGCAGGGGGUGCGGGGAGCAGUGAGGUAGAGGAGGUGGGGACGAGGUUUGCUGCACGCGCUGCUGCUGCUGCUGCUGCUUCUGCUGCUGGUGGUGUUGGUUCAGGGGUGCUUGGUAAAAAUCAACCACCUCAGCAGCAGCAGCAGCAGCAGCAGCAGCAGCAGGGGGGGCUGGAAGGCGGUGGGAGUCGUGGUGAUGGUGCUGCUGCUGGCGGUGGCGGUGGCAGUGGUGGUGGCGGUGGUGGUGGUGGGAGUCGUGGUGGUGCUGCUGCUGCUGGCGGUGGUGCUGCUGCUGCUGGCAGUGGCGGUGGCAGUGGCAGUGGCAGUGGCAGUGGUGGGGGGGGAGGAAGAGGACAACAGCCUUCUGCAGGUGGAUCCAGGGGAGGUUCAUCUGGUGGGUCUGGGGGAGGUUCUGUUGCCAGGCCCACAGCUGCGUCUACUGGUAGUUCUAAAAAUGUGUCAUCUGGUGCUGCUGUUGGUGCCGCUGCUGGUGGUGCUUCUGGCUCUGCUGCUGGCAGUUCAGGUGGUGCGGCUGACCCAGGCAAGAAAGAACGGAAACCGUCUCAAAAGGCAGGCCCAGGUUUUGGUGGGUUUCGUGGGGGUCGUUAA